GCAGCAAUGAGUGAAAGCCGGAUACAUUCCGAAGAUGUCGAUGUAGAUCCACUAUCGGAGCGGUCUGUGAUCAUUUUUGGGCGAGAUGUGAGCACAAUCCCGUGCUUCCGGAACAGCUUUCUCUACGGAAUCAGUAUCGGCAUGGGGGUUGGAUUUUUGGCAUUUCUCAAAACCUCCCGUCCACAGCUAUCUACUCACAUCGGGUUUGGCACGUUCAUGGCAACGACGUUAGGCUAUUGGUUUCCGUGUCGAUACAAUUGGUCUAAGCAAAAGUUUGAUGCUGGUCAGCUGCAACAGGCACUGCAACAGCAAGCUAUAUACGAGGGUACCGAAAAGGAACGCGAAAAACUAGAGGUAAAAAUGGAGCAUGCCUGA